AUGCCCAACCACACCAUACUAAAGUCUUUCGUCAUGAGAUACGAGAGGACCACGGUCAAGGACUUGGUUGAUCGUUUGGAAGUCCCUCCGACACCGCUCUCUGACAUUGACUCUGAGGACACUGUCAAGGUGUAUGGCGAAGAUAAGGUGUGGGAGCUGUUCGACAAUCCUACUGGCCUUGAUGACCCCGGAAUCAUACCAUUCGACUCUGUGGAGCACUUGCAAGCCGUGGACAAUUUGUACGCCACCUUGAAUGCUGCCAUUAAAUCGAUUGCUACCCGAGGAGGAACAUCAUUUAUCAUUCACGCCGUCGCAUUCUUCCCAGAGCUAAAGCUUAGACCAGAUAAGGAGAUAUCAGGUGCACGAGGCAACGGAGCUGUCUACUACGAUGUGCAGUGCAGGGCUGAUUCUUCCAGCAUAGUCGCAGUAACCUGCGCACAAGUCUUUUCAUGUGCAGUUGCUCAGAAUAUGGUUCAGCUGGACACGACAUUAUUAUCAAGGAAGUGCAAGUUUGAGGACGGCGCCGACGAUGACAGCACUACAGCUGUAUCCCAUGGUGUAGCAUCGACUGCGGUGAGAUGGCAGUUCAUCCAGCGCACCAUUGAGAAAUGA